CGUUUUUCACCAGCGGAAAAUUCACGCAUGCACAUACACAUACACUUUGUGUUCACCUGGGGUUUGCCGGAUGUAAUUCGUCGACUGAUCUGCGUCUUUGGGCUAUCUCAUUCUGAACUAUUGAAUUAUCUCAAAUGUUGCAUUAUUAAAAUGCAAUAUUUUCAGUCCUUCAAGUCGUUACGAUGUUGUCAACUCUUUUUUUCGUUAUGAUCACUAACGAGUUAAUGUAGAUUGAAAAGUUAUCGAAUCACGAGAUGGAGUGGGUAAUCAGCCAGUGGGAAUAUAAAUAAAGAAUUAUUCAUUUUUUAGAUAAAAGACAAUUGUCAUUGCUUGCGAAGCGAUUGGAAAAUUCAGGGGGACAAUUAUGUGAAAAGGGUUGUUUGCAGUCUCGUGUUUGUUUCCAUUGUUUCUGGUUGAUAGUUCAGUGAUGGUUCACACAGUCGAUCGAGUUUAUUAUGGUUUAUCGUGCUCGUACUACAUGAUCCUUCUUCAACAUUCAUCCCAGUUCUGUGAUGUGUAUAUGGGUUGUGACAACAAGUUCGUUAUUCAAUCGGACAUUGGAGUGGACCGGUGAUGAAAAUUAUUCGGUGAAAAAGUUGUGAUUACAUGGGAUUUUUUGUUGUGUGUAUGUCUCACGCCUUUGGGACGUUGUGAAUUCGCGAUAAACGGGUAUAACCUCCAACAAUCGGUCUUUACUCUACAAUCAAGUCCCUUAUUCCGAUCGAUUGAUUAAUUAAUCGUUUGUUUACUAUUGUUGUAUCGGAAGAGUUUGAUAAAGUCUGUGUGAAUUGUGUGGUAGGAGGGUUAAUGAGAUAACGUUGAUUGAUAUAGAAGUGAAAGGGAUGAAAAAGUGAAUGAAAAUUGAUGGGAAAAAAUUCAUAACGAUAGGAUAAAUACAAAUAUUCAGAAUGAAUGACAUUCAGGAAGUACAACAAUUAGAAUUGCUGUGCAAGCAGUUGUACGAGUCACAAGAUCCAUCUCAUCGGGUUGAAGCUGAAAAGGCACUUGUUGGCUUUCAAAAUGCUCCAGACACCCUUAGCAAAUGUCAGCUGCUGCUGGAUCGUGGAGAUUCUUCUUAUGCUCAACUCUUGGCUGCAACAACUCUCACUAAACUCGUCUCACGUUCCCCACAGGGACUCAGUCUCCAGCAAAGGCUUGAUAUACGCAAUUACGUACUGAACUAUUUGGCAACACAACCAAAACUCCCAAACUUCGUAAUCCAAGCCCUGGUUACGCUGUUCGCACGAAUAUCAAAGCUCGGCUGGUUCGACGCAGACAAAGACAAUUAUGUAUUCCGAAAUGUGGUAGAUGAAGUAACAAAAUUCCUUCAGGGCUCGGUAGAGCACUGCAUGAUAGGCGUUCAACUGCUGUCCCAAUUGACAUGUGAGAUGAACCAAAUAUCGGAAGUUGAUGCCAACAGAUCACCGACAAAGCAUAGAAAGAUAGCGAGCAGCUUUCGAGACAGUCAGCUCUUUGAAAUCUUUAGAUUAUCAUGUUCAAUGUUGGGUACAGCGCGUGAAAACUGCAAAAGCCUCAACUUCAACGAUGAGGCACAGCACGGUCUAAUGACCCAACUCCUUCGGCUGGCUCGUAAUUGUCUAACUUUCGAUUUCAUUGGUACCUCAACUGACGAGAGCUCGGACGACUUAUGUACAGUACAAAUUCCAACGAGUUGGAGGCCAGCAUUCCUAGAUUUCGCAACGCUAAAGCUUUAUUUCGAUCUCUACCAUAGUUUACCAAACACUCUGUCAUCACUGGCUCUCUCCUGUCUCGUUCAGAUAGCAUCAGUGAGACGUAGUCUAUUCUCAAACACUGAGAGAGCUAAAUUCUUGACGCACUUGGUCAACGGAGUCAAACACAUACUCCAGAAUCCCCAGGGUCUCAGUGAUCCUAGUAACUACCACGAGUUCUGCAGAUUGCUGGCAAGAUUGAAGAGUAAUUAUCAGCUUGGAGAAUUGGUACUCGUUGAGAAUUAUCCAGAGGCCAUACAACUAAUUGCCAAGUUCACCGUUCAGAGUCUGCAAAUGUGGCAAUUCGCCCCCAACAGUGUGCACUAUCUUCUGAGUCUGUGGCAGAGAAUGGUGGCUUCGGUGCCAUACGUCAAAGCAACAGAGCCACAUCUCCUCGAAACGUAUACCCCAGAGGUUUCCAAUGCUUACAUCACAUCGAGGCUCGAGUCCGUGGCUGUUGUCGUUCGUGAUGGUCUUGAGGAUCCCCUCGAUGAUCUGGGGAUGGUCCAGCAGCAACUGGAACAAUUAUCUGUGAUCGGUAGAUGUGAAUAUCAGAAAACGUGCACGCUACUUGUUCAACUGUUUGAUCAAGCUGCCAAUGCCUAUCAGGAACUGCUGUCUCAGACAGCCAGCCCCACUCAACAGAUCGAGCUGAGAAUUCAGGAGGGACAACUCACUUGGCUCGUUUAUAUCAUUGGCAGUGCCAUUGGUGGACGAGUUUCGUUUAAUAGCAAUGAGGAGCAUGAUGCCAUGGAUGGCGAACUUGUUUGUAGAGUACUGCAGUUAAUGAAUUUAACGGAUUCUGGGCUCACCCAGGGUGGCUGUGAAAAACUCGAACUCGCUAUGCUGAGUUUCUUCGAGCAAUUCAGGAAAAUUUAUGUCGGGGACUCCAUACAGAAGAACUCCAAAGUUUAUCGUAGGCUGUCCGAAGUACUUGGACUCAAUGAUGAGGCCAUGGUGCUGAGUGUUUUUAUUCGGAAAAUAAUAACCAAUUUGAAAUACUGGGGUCGAAGAGAACAAAUUAUUUCAAAAACACUUCAACUCCUAACUGAUCUCUCAGUUGGCUACAGCUCCGUUCGCAAGUUAGUGAAACUUGAUGAAGUGCAGUUUAUGUUGAACAACCAUACAAGUGAACACUUUCCAUUCCUCGGCAACAAUGUUCCCGUCUCUGAGAUGCGUUGCAGGACAAUGUUCUACACCUCCCUCGGUAAAUUAUUCAUGGUGGAUUUGGGUGAGGACGAGGAGAGAUUUCACACCUUCAUGCUGCCCCUGACAGCUGCUCUGGAGAGUCUCGGGCAGUUGAUGGGUGCAGCGGAUUCUCCCCUGUUCGCAGCUGAAGAAGCUAAAAAAGCAUUGAUCGGAAUAGCUCGAGAUUUGCGUGGCCUUGCGUACGCCUUCAACACAAAGCCCUCGUACAUGAUGCUCUUCGAUUGGAUUUACCCCAACUACACCCCUAUUCUCCUGCACGCCAUCGAGCUCUGGCAUCACGAUCCACAAGUGACUACACCAGUCCUGAAGUUAUUCGCUGAAUUAGUACAAAAUCGCAGCCAACGCCUGCAGUUCGAUGUCUCCUCACCAAAUGGUAUUCUCCUGUUUCGCGAGGCCAGCAAGGUCAUAUGCAGCUAUGGCAACCACAUAUUGAAUGUUGAAGUGCCGAAGGAUCAAAUAUAUCCCCUCAAACUUAAGGGAAUCAGCAUAUGCUUCAGUAUGUUGAAGGCAGCCCUAUGUGGUAGUUACGUGAAUUUUGGAGUGUUCAGACUCUAUGGGGAUGAAGCCCUUGACAAUGCUUUGAAUACUUUUGUUAAAUUACUGUUGAGCAUACCGCAGAGCGAUUUACUGGACUACCCAAAACUAUCAGCCACGUACUACGUCCUACUCGAGUGCCUCGCCCAGGAUCACAUGACGUUCUUAUCAACCCUGGAGCCACGAGUAUUUCUCUACAUUCUCUCAAGUAUCAGCGAAGGCCUAACGGCACUAGGUGCGCUAAAAGACUCCUACACAGAUACGAUGGUAUGUACUGGUUGCUGUGCAACACUGGAUCACAUCGUUACGUACUUGUUUAAACAAUUGUCACAGAAAGCUGGUGUAUACCCUGGAAAAAAAAAUUCAGCAGUACCUGCUGGUGGUGAUCUGUUUUUACAAGUGUUGAAACAACAUCCUGAAAUACUUCAGCAAAUAUUGAGUACAGUGCUCAAUGUGAUAAUGUUCGAGGACUGCAGGAACCAGUGGAGCAUGUCGAGGCCACUCCUGGGGCUCAUUCUGCUGAAUGAAGAAUACUUCGGUCAAUUGCGGGAGAAUAUAAUUAGGAGUCAGCUGGUUGAUAAGCAGCCAGCUAUGGCCCAGUGGUUCGAGAACCUUAUGGAUGGCAUCGAGCCUAAUCUACUGACUAAAAAUCGAGAUAGAUUCACCCAAAACCUUUCAAUGUUCAGAAGAGAUAUAAAUGACUCCCUGAAAGGACCAAACAUUUCAUCAAACUCUGGCAGUGACAUGAUGACCUCGUAGUGUUGUUGAUGAAAUCAUCAAACCAACAAGUGUCAUCAAUUAUUUUUGAUCUAGAGAUAAACUUGAGAUUGGCUGCUGAAGGAAUGAAGAAAAAUAAAUAAACAAAUGAUCGUAUCCAUGUGAGAGUAGGUCUUCUGUAACUGGGAAACAGAGAAAAAAGGAAAACCAGAACUUUAUAAAAUUGAA